GCAGCUUUUGAACUGGUGCGCGGGUGCGCGCUCAGUUGCCGCUUGGCCGUGCCACGUUGCUCCUCGCUCAAACUCCUUCGAGUCUCGUGUCGGCUCGGUGACAGGCCUGCCUCCGUGCUACUCGUGAGCUCAAGUAAUGGUCAGUAUUCUUUGGCAAGUCAGUUGCUUUGUCAAAACUGGUCAAGCAUUGCGGGGACGUUUAUACGAUGAGCACUGCAAUAAAAAGCAUGGUAACGAGACCGCGCCGGGCCCAAGUUCAUGGGCAAGCUUCUUCCCGGUUUGCUGAAAUCGGCUUCAUCGAACAUUGAAAGCCGUUUUAAGCGCUAUUAACGACACGCUCAGACGAAAACAUGGACUCGCAACAGACGCCACGGCAUCCAGUUGAUUUCACUGCCGCGCAAAAUCCAGCCUCGGUGAAGCCGGCUAUCCAGCAGCAGACACCUCUCACGGCGGUGAACAGCCACGCUCCACUGGACGGAGGUCCCCGGGCGCAGCAGCCGCCGCAGCCACAUCAAAUCGCCGCGGGACCGAGGCCGCCGUACGGGCCAGUGCCGAGGCACGCCUUCUUCGGCAGGCCCCCUGCCCCGGGCCAGGGUCCGCCCCGCUUCCCGCCACCCAGACCGCCGCCCGCCGGCUACGGGCCCGCGCCCCAGGGCUUCCCGCUCGGCCGGCCGCCCUUCGCGCCCACAGGCAUCGACCCGAGGCUUCUCCGGCCCCGACAGCCCGCGCCGCAACAGCAGGCAGUGCCGUACCGGCAGACCAGCCUUGCGCAUACAGGUAUGGCCGAGGUCGAGCUGGCCGGGCCCCCGGGUGCCCUCGAACAGCGCCGGGCCAGCCCUGCCGAGGAGGCUGAGAGGGGUGCGCCGGUCAACGAAGCGGAUCAGCAAUCGCGGGCUCGGAGCGCAAUGGCGAUGAGCGUAGAUGCGGCCAAGACGCCGGGCGGCGCUCGGAACUCUCGGAGUGCGGGUCCGACUGCAGGCGGCGGCGGUGGCGGCGGCGGCGGCUCCGGCAUCCAGGGACCCGUUGAGGGUCGCGGGAAGGCGCCGUGCACUCCGAGCGUGGGCCCGACUGUGAGCGGUGGCGACUCCGGCAUCCGGGGCCUCGAGGGGGGCCGCGGGAAGGCGCCGUGCACUCCGAGCACAGGCCCGACUGCGGGCGACGGCGACUCCGGCAGACAGGGCCCCGACGAGGGCUGCGGAAAGGCGCCGUGCACUCCGAGCGCGAGCCCGGCGCAGCCGGCGCCCCUUGGGGCCGAGCUCACUGGUCCACGUGCCACCAACGGUGCUUCGGCCGACCGGGCUUCGAGCGGACGCGCCGGCGCGCCGCCUCGAGCACGGCCCGACGUCGAGGAGUCGAUCCGUUCCAGCAAACCAGAUGCAGAAAAUGACAGUGGCGUGGACGAAACGACGCAGCGUCGCGAGGCGCCAAAGUCGAAUGGAGUUUCAUCGAGAACGCCGAGUAAGACGCGCGAUGCCGACAAGAGGUCGGCGGCUGGAUCUCCCAUCAAGUCACCGAAUAAAAGCAUCAAAUCAUUGCCGAGAACUCCGGACGCAGCGCCACCCACUGCCGAGAAGAAAAAAGUACCAAUGAACAAGGUACAAGUAGGAGCAGCCCCAUCGCCAAAUUUGAAGGCGGUACGCUCAAAAAUCGGCUCACUGGAAAAUGCAACACACAAACCAGGAGGCGGAAAGAUUAAAAUAGAAAACAGAAAGCUUGAUUUCAGCAGCGCUCAACCGAAGAUUGCAGCGAAAAAUGACAAAUACACUCCUAGUGGAGGCGAUAAAAAAAUUGAGCAAGUGAAACUGCAGUGGAAUGCUAAACCAAAAAUUGGAUCUCUCGAAAAUGCCACGUACAAACCGGGUGGCGGUAAUAAGAAGAUUGAAACUGUCAAACUCGAUUUCAAAGAUAAGGCCAAGUCAAGAGUCGGAUCCAAGGAAAAUGCAAAACACGUGCCUGGUGGCGGAUCAGUCAAGUCAUCAGCAACGUCUCCUAAAACUCCUCAGGACAACAACGUUAAUAUCGAGUCGCAGAAGCUGGAGUUCAAGGCGGAGAGUAAGGUGGGCUCGAUGGACAACAUGAAGCACAGACCCGGUGGGGGCGAUAAAAAGAUCUUCGACGACAAGAGCUACCUGCGCCAGACUUCUUCAAACGUUGGUAGCGUGAGCGGCAGCGGCUCCCAGAGCCCAAUACUGAUGGGUACGACUGACAGCAGCCCUAAAAACGACCUGUCUAAUUUGGAUCAUGGAAACUUCAAUCAAGAGCCUUAGAUAUUCGCAUUUCUCGAUACUAUCGUACAUUAACUAUCGGCCAACUACGUCGAUUUAUCUACGUAAUCUGAAUGAAUCAAACAAUUUGAAUGUCAAACAAUUUUUCUAUACCUAUAGGUUAUAAAAUAAAUGUAUAUCAGUUCCACACAAUCUAUUUUAUAACCACAAAAUUAUGAUUCGAUUUCUCGCUUGUUUAUUAAAUUAAAUGAAGUCUUCUGAAGUUUGAAUCAUAUUGGUGAAAAAUAGAUUAUAUGCGAUAAGUCAAUGCAUUGAAGAGAGAUGAAUUAUUGUUUUGAAUUACACAUCAAAAAUUGAAACCAAAACUUUUAUUAAUAAUACUUUCUGAUCAACACUAUGACAAGAGUUCUUAUUUUAAGUGUGCAACAAAUUAAAGAAUUUGCAUUUUUUUAUUUUUUCCUGCUUAUUUAUAACUACAAGGGUUAUUUUAAAAUUUGCUGCAUACUUAUUUCAAGAAAAAACCUUAAUUUAAGAAUAUUACUGUAGUAAUAAUAGACCAUAUUGAACAUUAAUCAAAGUUUUGCAAAUUUCUUUAUUUAAUUUCAAAAAAACUUCAGAUAACAAGUAGACGUAAGAGCAAGAAUGAGGCUUUACAUUAGGAAAAAGAGUCCUAUGAAUGAUAGGAUUUAUGUCCAAAAAUAGAUUCGCAAUCUUUUUUUUAUUGAUGUAAAGGAGAUGAAGAUAUUUUAAUGUUGAUUUGACUGAUUUGAUUUUAGUAAAUAAACAUUUUUUGGCAUAAUCUUACAAUUAAUUAUGAAAAUGCUGCAAAAACAUAUUGAAUAAUAAAAUAAUUGAGUUACACAUAUUAUAAAUUUGAAUGUGUAGUACUUUCGAUCAUCAUACGUAAAAUGGAAAUGUAUGUUUGACGGUGGAUCAUUUGUAAAUCAACACAUAUGUAUGUGUUUAUAAAUUAUUAUCUCUUUUAAUACGUAACAAAACUGACAUUUGCAAUACUAGUGAUAAAUAAAUGUACGUGUUAUUGAUAGCUAAGUAAUAUAAGCCAUAAGUUGACGCGUUUCCUUACGUAUAUUUAAUUUAUCUGAAUAUAAUUGCGGUUACAUUGUUAUACCGCGGUCUAUUGUUUUCCAAACUCUGCUAAUUAUGUUUGCAAUAGAAUACUAAUAAAACAUUUUACUUAGUGUUUUGUAAUUUUAGUUAUUGAAUAUUUUUAAAUAAACGACAAGGUCACGUAAAAUCAUGAAAAUACGCACCGUUCUAAUAUUAUCAGUUUCAGGUAAUAGUUGUAAUACGGCAUGUGGACAAUGGUGCAUAAUCUUAUUAUAGACACAAAUUAUUGUGCACAGUAACGUAGCGUAUACACGCUGACUCCGCCACGGUACUGUGCACAAUACUUUAUGGAGUAUAAAACCAUGCACAAUUGUCCGCAUGCCUGCAAUACUGAAAUAGGAAAUACUUUUUGAGCUUAGAAAACUAAUUACAAAAAAAUCAACUGUGUGCCUAUUAAUAUAACAAGUAUUUAUGUUUAUAGAGUAAACUUGAUUUUUAUGGGUUUGUAAUACCACUUUGCUAAUAAUGGAAACAUAUUAAUUAUAACAAUAUACAAAAAAAUUCAAUUAUUAAUAAAAUUAUUCAAUUUUAAUGAUAUUGAUAAUUUAUUAUUCAAUGCUUGAAAUGUUCAAACGAAGGACAUUAACUGACGGAGAUCAAUUAGAAAAGAUUUAACAAUUAUUUGAGUAUUGCUACAAACAAUACUAUCAUGCUUUUUAAUCAAAUAUGUGAACGCCUUUAAAUUAUUAUUUUAAAACAGUGAACGUUAUGUAAAGAUAAGGUUAUUAUUUAAACUACUAUUAUCAGUAAACACAGAUAGUGUAUUAAAGUUAUAAUACAUCAAAAUAGGUUUGUCUUCACAUUAAACUUCGCAGCACCUUGUACUGAUUAUAAGACCAAUAACUUUUCCAGCAUUAAUUUUGUGUCUGGAUAUAUGUAUGUGUGCAAGUAUUUUGCAAUAACAAAUAAAUCGUGGUACUUACUGCCUGUGUAAUUAAAUAAUAUUUCGUUUUAACUUCAUAAACGCACAUUUUAUGCACCUAUGAUUGUCAAACAUUAACGCAUUUAUAACUUACAAAGUUAUAUUGUUUGUAUUAUGAAGAUUAAAAUAUUUUUAUGUAUAACAUAACCGAAUCAUAGUUCAUGCUUUACAUAGUAUGUAUAUAUCUCAAUAUCUCGUUAGCUUUUUCAUAAAAAAGGAAAAAAUAAAGUUUUUUAUUUGAAAACAAAAAUACAAUAAAUCAAUUGAAUGAUAGUAUUACUUUUUAUCAAUGCAAUCUUAUAGAUUUGCAACUUCUCAUCGUUAUAGGUCAUUCAUAUAUAAGCAGGCUGUACAUACAUACUAUGAACCGUGCACGGCUUCUUUUUAGGAUAUAAUAUUGAAUUGAGGAUUGUUGAAUUAAAUCAAUCAUACCGACUAAAUCAUAUGACUAG